AUGCUCGUUAUUCCAGUUUACAUCAUCGCCGCUGGCCCAGCUUUUGACAAUGAGACGAGAAAAGCUGACGAACCUCUUCAGUACAUGGUCGUGACAGAUGCUAACCGCUUGUCGCUUAUGGUUUACUCCCGAGACCCACACAUCUUCUUCCAGAAGUACAAUAAGGAUGUCCUCGAAUUUAUGGAGAAGAAAGGUUUCGGAGGUCGAGUGUUUUGGAAUAGCCCACGUCCAAUUUAUCAGGGACCAGACUGUGAAUGGCCAUCGGAAAAGGAAGUGUUUGCUCGAAGAGUCUUGAAAAACCAAGAACUAGCCGAGCGAAGCAAAAACGGUACAGCCGAGCCAACAAUGUCCGGCAUGCCUUUGGCGGACAUGUUGCGUGAUCCAAAGAAGACUCUCGAGCGGCUGGUCGGCACUCAAGGUCACUGA